AUGUCGCCGAUGCCAGAGACAACUGCGUUCUCGGAGAAGUCGGGAAGCUCAGAAAGAAGCCAGUCUUCGGCAGUCAGCGAAAUCGGUGAAUGGCUGCUAUAUGACGAGGCGUUCAAUCCUGUGCAGAAUGACAUACAAGAAGGCUCAACAAUUUUCGACCUCCCACUGCGAUCAAGGCACGCUAUCAACAUUCCACCUUCGGAUCAUAACGGUGAUGUCUGCGACAACAAGCCGGCCAGUGACGCUGAGGAGUCUGGAAAUAAAAGGUCCAGCAAGAGUGUCAGGAGCAACCACGAUCGAAGCACGGCGCGUGAAGCCAUCAUCACCGGGGGUUGCAAGAUCUACCAGGUCUUGAAGCGACGCUGCUUCCCCAAAUCUGCUGCCAACUACGGCCCACAAGAGGCGAUUGAGCCUGAUGGAUGCCUGCCAUGCUUCACGUGCUCCAAGCAGUCGAAGCAGCGUAACCUCGCAAGACAUGCACUCCUCUCGAGCGACGACGUGACGCAGCCACAGCAACCCCAAGCAGACGAAAAGGAACACGCAGCCUAUCAAGCCAAUCGACAUGAGGCAACGCUAUCUGCAAAUGUAAGGCACAUGGACGGACCAGACGAAUACAGCAGCACCGACACCCUGCCUUAUCGCCACUCUCAUCCCAAACGCAAGAUGCGUGAAACGGCACGCAUGCCUCUCGGGACCGAAGCCAACGGAAUCGCUCGCGCUCCCCAACAAGUUCGAUUUUCCAGCGCUCAGAGAAUGGAGUUGGAGAAUCAGAGGCAGGGAGCGGCUACUCUUCGCUCUGACACUCCGAUGCGAGAUCAGAAUCCGCCUCAGGUUCCGGAUCGUGAGUCUAGUUUGAGGGGCUCUACGGUUGCCGUCUAUGCUUCUAGUCAGGCGAGUCUCUUUAGGGGUUCUAAUGUGGCGGACUAUGAGUAUCAACUUGAAAGUCCGAGGUCAGAGGUUGAGGAUAGGUUCCAUGGUCUUGAUUUUGGGGUUGAGUGGAGUGGGAUGGAUUUGGAGGGAGAGGUUGAGAGGGUGAGGAGGGAUAUGGAGGGGCUUUGA